CCGGCCCAUCAGAAUCUCAUCCAAAUCGUACUUGCAGAUGCAUCUUGCAACAUUGCGCUCACCGUUCCACAUGGCAUUGCCCCUUGCCCAACCAUCCCACUCGAGUUCGAGUGAGCUAUAUAUUCAGGACAAGUAGCCUCAGAACGCCAUCACAAUCUCAACUAGAAGCUCUCCACAUCUCCAGUUUCCAGCCAAGAAAAAAAGAAGUAACCAUGAUCAGCACCAAGAGGAUCGCUCAGCUGGCCAAGAAGUGGCAGAGGAUGGCAGCGCUUGGGAGGAAGCGCCUCACGGCAGCAGCAAAGGAAGUCGACAAGUGCUGCACUUCCGUGGCGAGCAAGGGCCACUGCGCAGUGUACACAGCUGACGGGGCACGGUUUGAGGUGCCCUUGGCGUGCCUCGGGACAACAGUCUUCACGGAGCUCCUGCAGAUGUCCAAGGAGGAGUUCGGCUUCACGGGCGGCAAUGGCAAGAUCACACUGCCCUGUGAUGCCAUGGUCAUGGAGUAUGCCUUGUGCUUGCUGAAGAGGGGCGCCUCUGUGGAGCUGGAGAAGGCAUUCCUAAGCACCAUGGCAGUGUCGUGUCACUCUGCAAACCAAGUGGCGCCAUAUGUGGCAGCCUGCUGUUAGUUGCACCUGUAUAAGUAGUAGUCCAUCACUUUAGAUAGUAGGACAAAGAGAGCUGUUAUUCAGAUCCUUCUGAUCCUGCAAACGAUCAAGGAAGGUAGCGACUUAGCAAUUUAGGACCAGUGUUCUUGUUCACUGAGCACAUGUUACACAAAUACAUUACAGAUCACAAUUUCUGGACAAUAAAAUUCUGGCAAAAUAAGCUCAAAAUUUACUGUUUUGAUAAA